AUGCCAGUCCGCAGCCUUCCGACGAUUCCGACCGCCGAUGUGCAGGCGCACAACAACGAGAAGAGUUGCUACGUUACAGUCGGCACCAAGGUGUACGAUGUCACAGACUUUCUCGACGGGCAUCCAGGCGGCGGCGAGCUCAUCCUCGAGUACGGCGGCAAGGACAUUACAGAGAUUCUGAAGGAUGAGGUCUCCCACACCCAUUCAGACUCUGCAUAUGAGAUCCUGGAUGAGUGCUUGAUUGGGUUCGUAGCUGGCGAGGAGGUCAUGGAUGCUGUUACCAAGAGCAACAAGCCGUACGAAAUCGUUCCUCUGCCUCCUUCAGAGGUGGGCAAGAUUGAACUCAAAGGCAUGGAACAGAACCAAAAACCACUCUAUGCUGCGACGGGCAUGUCGUCCGCCGACGACCUUUCUCGCGAAACCGACCCCAGCAUCGACUACAAGCAGCACAAGUUCCUCGACCUCAGCAAGCCACUACUCAUGCAAGUCUGGAAUGGCGGGUUUGAGAAGGACUUCUACCUCGAGCAGGUCCACCGACCACGCCACUACAAGGGAGGUGACUCGGCUCCACUGUUUGGCAACUUCCUGGAGCCAUUGAGCAAGACGCCUUGGUGGGUAGUACCUACACUAUGGUGGCCCGUGGUUACAGGUGUGACGUACAUUGCUUCUCAAGGCGACCUGAGUACUCCCGCUCUUGCAGGUUACUGGGUGUUUGGACUGGCGUUCUGGACAAUUAUCGAAUACGUCCUACAUCGAUGCUUGUUCCAUCUUGACGACCAUCUACCUAACAACCGCGCCGCCCUCACUUUACAUUUCCUCCUCCAUGGCAUCCACCACUACCUUCCCAUGGACAAGUACAGGCUAGUCAUGCCUCCCACACUGUUUGCAGCGCUUGCGGCGCCAUUCUGGAAAUUUGCACACACUGUGUUCUUCCAUAACUGGUACGCGGCAACAGCUGCGUACUGCGGCGGUGUCUUUGGCUACACGCUCUACGACCUGACUCACUACUUCCUUCACCACCAGAAGCUUCCCCCCUGGUACCAGGAGCUAAAGAAGUACCACCUCAAGCAUCACUUUGCGGACUACCAAAAUGGCUUCGGCGUCACCAGCCGCUUUUGGGACUGGGUUUUUGGGACUGAGUUGGAGAUGGGAUCGCCGAAGGUCAUCAAGACGACAUAG